UCCACUGUGAGUGUGGUAUGGAGGCUGGGGGCUGAGAACUGGAGGGAUGUCUGGCCUGCGCUGAGGUACGUUUGUCCGGGAAUUCCGUUACUGGAGCAAGAUCCAUCCAUCCAUUCAUUUACAGGCCUUCCCACCAUGGAUUGCCAAGAAAAUGAGUACUGGGACCAAUGGGGACAGUGUGUCACUUGCCAACUAUGUGGGCCUGGACAAGAGCUCUCCAAGGAUUGUGGUUAUGGAGAGGGUGGAGAUGCAUAUUGUACAGCCUGCCCUCCCCGCAGAUACAAAAGCAGCUGGGGCCACCAUAGAUGUCAGACCUGCAUCACCUGUGCUGUCAUCAAUCGUAUCCAGAAGGCCAACUGUACAGCUACCUCUAAUGCCAUCUGUGGGGACUGUCUGCCCAGGUUCUACCAAAAGACACGUAUUGGAGGCCUGCAGGAUCAAGAGUGUAUCCCAUGCACAAAGCAGACCCCCACCUCUGAGGUUCAGUGUGCCUUCCAGUUGAGCUUAGUGAAGGCAGAUGUACCCACAGUAUCCCCUCAGGAGGCCACACUUGUUGCACUGGUGAGCAGUCUGCUCAUGGUGUUUACCCUGGCCUUCCUGGGGCUCUUCUUCCUCUACUGCAAGCAGUUCUUCAACAGAAAUUGCCAGCGUGGGUGGGCCAUCCUGACUCUGACUUUGGAGGCCAGUUUCUCAGAUAAGAGCUGUUGCCCAGUCCCUGGGAAUGGGCAUGAAACAUGGGAAAUGAAGCAUUUGGGCACCAGGGCCCAGAAAGAAGAUGAGGCAACAUCUGAGGGCUGCCUGUCUCCUUGCUUCUGCCUCAGGAGAGGAGAAAUGGUUGCAGGAGGUUCGCUGCAGUAUGAGGCUGACGAGGCAGUAGAGGAGGAAUCUCUCUUCCCCAUGCCACCUGGCCAGGAGACCAGUCCUGAGUCCCCACUGAGUGAAAGCAUCUUUGAGACACAGCCACUUAACCCCAUCCUGGAUGACGACUGCAGCUCGACUCGUGGCUUCCCCACACAGGAGUCUUUUACCUUAGCUUCCUGCGCUUCAGAGAGCCACUCCCACUGGGUCCACACUCCCAUCGAAUGCACAGAGCUGGACCUGCAAAAGUUUUCUGGCUCUGCUUCCUAUACUAUAGCUGAGACCUUGGUGAGGAAUGCAGCUGAAAGCUCUGGAGACAGACCAGAGCUCACUGUGACCUUUGAAGUCCCCAGCACUUAA